AUGACAGCAUUGGUGGACUUUGGUUGGGCGGUGGUUCGCGGCGUCUUUUUUGCUUUUUCUUGGGACAUGUUGACGUUUGCCGGGCCAAAAGAAGAUUUAGCGGCACUUAUUCUUCCCGGGAUGACCAAACGACGUGCGACGAACAAAAAACCAACGGGCGUGAAUCGUUCACUGGGCAACUGCUUAUCGAAUGAACGUGAGAGAGUACGCACAGCGCAUCGGCACAAGGAACGGGGAUAUGAAGCUGACAAUAAGCUAGCCCCAGCAAUCAAUUUUUCACAGAAAGCAGGGCUUGGCAUUUUUUUCGUUUCGUUGGAUUAA